CAGAACUGUCAAUUUGAAUUUUUGAAAGUGUUAUUUGUUUAUGUUUUGUUUUGGUCAGUUUCAAUAUUUCUUGAUGUAAUUGCGGUAAAGCGGGCCCAUUUAUGUAAUUAUCGUGUAAAUGAAAUAAAGUUGUUAUACAUAUUCAAAUAUUAAUAAUUUUAUACCAUGGAGAAUCAAAUAGAAAAUAAAAUAACGCACUUGGAACCAUUUUUAGAAAAGCAACUAAAGGGUCACCGUAACGCUAUUACAGCAGUGUUUUUUAAUCCAAAUGAAAAACAAAUAGCUUCCAGCUCUUUAGAUAAUAGUAUUUUGUUAUGGGAUUUACGAGGAACAAUGCGAAGUUAUAGAUUUCAAGGCCACGAUGAAGCUGUGUUGGACGUUACGUUUUCUCCGUCUGGAAAAUAUAUGGCAUCAGCUUCCCGUGAUAAGACUGUGAGGCUUUGGGUACCAACAGUUAUAGGAAGCACUGGGGUGUUUAAAGCACAUUCACAGACUGUUCGGUCUGUCCAAUUCAGUCCAGAUGGAUCUAAGAUAAUAACAGCUUCUGAUGACAAAAUUGUAAAACUGUGGGCGACUGAGAAACAUAAAUUUAUUGCAUCAUUUGUUGGUCACACUAACUGGGUACGAUGUGCAAGAAUGUCUGGUGAUGGAUCUGUAAUAGCCUCAUGCUCUGAUGAUAAGACUACUAGACUGUGGAGCCCAGACACAGGGGAGUGUAUACACACAUAUAAAGACCAGAAUGGAUAUGGAGGUUGUGUAGCUUGGCAUCCUUCAGGAUGCUAUAUAGCUGUAGCAACCUCCUUGGGAAAUGUUAAAUUGUAUGACACAAGAACUCACAAUUUAGUACAAUAUUACAGUAUACACAAUGAAGCAGUGACAAAUUUGGCAUUCCAUCCUAGUGGCAGUUAUAUACUUACUGCCAGUAAAGAUGGGAAAAUGAAGAUAUUGGACUUAUUGGAGGGUCAUCCAAUAUUCACAUUGAGUGGGCAUAGUGGGGCUGUUGCUGCUGUGUCUUUCUCACCUAGUGGAGAUAGUUUUGCAUCUGCUGGUGAUGAUAAAUUGGUAUUUCUUUGGGAAACAAAUUUCACACAGCUCUAUAAUGAAGUAAAAGAAAACAUUCCACAUAAUCAAUCUUCUGUGCCUAGAUCUACAUCUCACAUGUCUAAAUUAACUUCUACAACAAAAGGGGGAAAUCAGGGUAAGAUAAAAGCAUGGUAUAAGUGCUAUCACACCAUCAAAUAUCCUGUUACCACAUUUGUUCACCUUGAUGAUGUGCCUGAGCCAGAAAAAGAAUCUGAUUUCCAAGAACCCAAUGCUAAUAGUACUCUGGUUGAACCAAAUGAGAAUAGUCCAUCAAAUAUGAAUUCCCAAAGGACAGCCAUUACAUCAACUCAAUCAACAAGGUUUGCCCCUAAUUCACCGCCUCUUACAGAAUCUCAAGUCGAGCAUUCCUACAAUGUGGGUCACAUAAGCCAUAUUCCUCGUACUCCACCCAGUCCUGCUACAUACACAAUCCCCUCAAUUAUAAGCAAGAGUACAGGUACCAUACAAGAUUAUGAUGAUGGUAUGUUUGGUAUGAUUAAGUUAAAGGAAAAUGAUGUGUGUUAUACUAGUGGCACAAUAGAGUGGGUUGGAAAGAAAAGAAGUUUUCCUAUAAAUAGUGGUUUUAAAAUACUCAAUGAGAUGGACAGACAAACCACUGAGCCACACAUAAAAAAAUCUAAAAGAUUAGAUAAGAUAUUUAAUAAUGGAACUGAUAAAAUUAAACAAUGUGAGUGUGCAGAUGUGUUGCCCACUGUAAAUGCUAUUGUUGAUCACUUGAAUGCUCUGCAUGAAGCAGUUGAUCUUGUGGAUUUAAGACUUAACACACUGGAAGAUGUCAUGAGUAAGGAUUGAGUUAUAUCUAUGCACC